CACGAAGAGAAGAAGAAGAAGAAGAAGGACUUCCGGAGGUCAAAGGUGACCGUCGUAUUUGAAAACAUGGAUCCCAACAAAGUGGACGAAGCAUCAGGAAAGAUGAGUGGUGAUGGAGACAUUUCAUCUGUCAUGGGAUUCUCUGGGUUUGGUAAGAAAGCCCGCACAUUUGACCUGGAUGCCAUUUUUGAACAGACCCGACGAACAGCUAUUGAGCGGAGUCAGCGUGUAUUAGAGGAGCGGCAGAAGGAGACUCCGAUGGAGGAGGAAGGAGAGAGCUCCAAGUCAGUCAAGUCAUCAGUUCAAUCUCAGAAAGACAAAGCCGCAGCUGCUACUUCCAGAAAAGAGCAGAGUGACAGCAGCAGUGACAGUGGCUCAGGCUCAGACUCAGAUUCCGACUCUGACUCUGCGCUUAUUGGGCCUCCAGUACCUUGUCAACGCACAGCAGAGGAGGAUGAUGAUGAGCUUGUUGGACCGCCUCUUCCACCAGGUUACACAGGCAGCGCAGCUCACAGUGAUGAUGACGACGAUGACGAUCAGGAGGCACAAGAUGAUGAUGAUGAUGACAAUCCAGUGAAGAAGAUUCCAGACACACAUGAGAUCACUCUACAGCAUGGCACCAAGACAGUGUCGGCUCUUGGCUUAGACCCCUCUGGAGCCCGUCUGGUGACUGGUGGAUAUGACUAUGAUGUUCGUUUCUGGGAUUUUGCCGGGAUGGACCAGGCUCUGCAGGCCUUCAGGUCCCUGCAGCCCUGUGAGUGCCAUCAGAUCAAGUCCCUACAGUACAGCAUCACUGGUGAUGUCAUCCUGGUGGUUUCUGGUAACUCACAGGCCAAGGUGUUGGACCGCGAUGGUUUCAAUGUCAUGGAGUGUGUGAAGGGAGACCAGUACAUUGUGGAUAUGGCUAACACCAAGGGCCACACAGCUAUGCUGAAUUGUGGCUUCUGGCAUCCCAAGAUUAAGGAAGAGUUCAUGACCUGCUCCAAUGACGGCACUGUGCGCACAUGGGACUUGAACUCGGAGAAGAAGCACAAGUCUGUGUUCAAACCACGCUCCUUCCAGGGGAAGAAGGUCAUACCCACAUGCUGCACCUACAGCCGUGAUGGGAAGCUCAUUGCAGCAGGCUGCCAAGAUGGUACCAUCCAGAUCUGGGACAGAAACCUCAGUGUCCACACAAAGUUCCACUGUCGGCAAGCACACACUCCAGGAUCAGACACCUCCUGCCUCUCUUUUUCCUAUGAUGGCAUGACUCUCGCUUCACGAGGAGGUGACGACACCCUGAAGACGUGGGAUAUUCGCAACUUCAGGAAGCCUGUGAAUGUAGCUACUGGAUUAACCAACUACUUUUCCAUGACUGACUGCUGUUUUAGCCCAGAUGACAAGCUUCUUGUGACUGGGACGUCAGUGAAGAAAGAGGAGGGAAAUGGGAAGCUGGUUUUCUUUGACCGAGCUUCCUUUCAGAGAGUCUAUGAAAUAGAAGUUACCAAUGCAAGUGUUGUUCGCUGCCUGUGGCACCCAAAACUCAACCAGAUAAUGGUGGGAACUGGGAAUGGACUGGCCAAGGUCUACUAUGAUCCUGUCAAAAGCCACAGAGGUGCUAAGCUGUGCGUAGUGAAGAGCAAGCGGAAAGAGAAACAAGCAGAGACGCUAACACAAGAUUACAUCAUCACACCUCAUGCCUUACCCAUGUUCAGAGAGGCCCGACAGCGGAGCACACGAAAACAGCUGGAGAAGGACAGACUUGACCCCAAGAAGUCCCACAAACCUGAACCUCCUGUGUCUGGACCAGGUCGUGGAGGCAGAGUAGCAGCUCAUGGUGGCACUCUGUCUUCAUUCAUCGUGAAGAACAUUGCUUUAGAUAAAACAGAUGACAGUAACCCACGAGAAGCCAUCCUACGUCACGCCAAGGAUGCCUCAGAGAACCCUUACUGGGUUGCCCCAGCAUACAAACAGACUCAGCCAGAGCCUGUGUUUGCAGAGGAAUCAGAGGAGGAUGAAGAAGCUGACAAGGAACCAGAGUGGAAGAAACGUAAGAUCUGAGAGGCUCCAACGGCAGCUCAUUUUAUAUAGGGUAGUUGACAGGGUGAGCUUGUGGUUGGAUAUAUAGCACUGUAACCACAAGGUCUCAAGAUCAAUCCCAUGAUACUGAGUUACUGUCAAAACCUCUGUGUAGGAGCAUCAAUUAAAUUAGUAAAUUGUA